AUGUCUUCGGAAAAACGAAAAAUGCUUGAUAUAUCAAUUGCACCUCAAAAACUAAAUCAAUUUCGUGAAUCUCUUCAAGGUACAUUCGAAACUUGUGAUGCUAUAGCAUAUGCAGAACAUAUAGCUCAAGAUACUGAGGGAAUAUCAUCUCGUGUAGUUUCAGGAAAACAUUUAGCACGCACAUUAUCACGUAAUGAACAUCACGAGAAAUUACCUUUUCAUCUAAGAUCGUUAGAAAGAUGGCAGAAUGAACGUUUAUCAACAAAAAAACUUGGUGGACGAUUGGAACAACAAAAUACACAAAUACAGUCAUCAUUAGAUGGUAAUCUAACAUCACAAACAAUUUGGUUAAAAUUUGAGGCAGAAAAAAAUCCAAACGAUGCUGCUUAUCAAUUAAUACGAUUACGUAGAAAACUUGGUCUUACAACACAAUUACCUAUUCAUGGACCAGAUGGUAAACAAGCACUUGAACAACAUCUUAAAAAGGCAGAAAAUGAACUAGUAAUUAACUCAAUAAAAAUUCAUCUACCAGAGAAAAAAAAAGCAGAAUAUUAUCUUUUCUUUUCUUUUUUGAAGUCUUCACAUGCAGAUGCAAAUAAAAUCUUCUAUUACUGUUUAUUAACUGGUCGUCAUAAACAUUAUUCACCUUAUAAUCCAUAUGAAUUAGAAAUACAACCUAAUGGAGUUGAAGCACUUGCAUCAUCAUCUUAUUGGACAAUGUCUGCAUUUAAUAUAACACAUGUUAAUCAAUUAGAUUCAGCUGAAACAACUAUUACACCAGCUUUAGUUUGGUUAUGGGAACGAUAUAAAUAUAAUUAUUUAAUUAGUCAUUUCUCAUGUUUUACGGAUUUUCGAAAAUGGCGAACAUUUCGUUGUUGGUGGGCUAAUGUUCAAGAAGAAAAACGUCAACGAACACUGUAUAAAUUCUUUUCUCUUCAUUAUCGAAAACUUUUUUAUGCUAAUGAAAUCUUGCAAGGUGUUCUUAUACAUGUUAAAGCUAUGUGUGAAGUUUAUUAUUAUGGACAAAAGAAUUAUGUACAACCAUUUUGUUUACUUGAUCGUCAUGCAUAUCAAGAAACAUUAACACUUUCAGAAUUUAGUCGACGACAAUUUCUUCAAAUGAAUACAACAGUUAUUAAAUUAACAAAAUUUCUUGAUCAAGUUGCUGUUCUAGCAGCCGAUGCUUGUCAAAAAGCUGUUGAAUUAGAAGGUAUACCAAUAGAAGCAUUAGCUGAUCCCAGUCUAUAUCGUCGACCCAUAGAAGAAGAAGAAGCUGAACAAACGACACAAUCUUUUCUUGAAUCAAAACAAAAUCGAGCAUCAAUUUUACGUGAUGUUAAUAUAAGAUUGAAAACUAAACGACAUAUUGGCCCAAGUUUUGCCAUACGUAAACAUUGGCGCGAUACAUUAACACGUUUAACAGAAUUUUUACGCUUACUUGAUUAUAUUGUUCUUGAACUUCUUCGUCGUCUUGUUAAAUCAGCUGUACGAGAUUUACUUAUUCAUUUACGUGAAUCAUAUUGUGUUGAGUUUGAACUUGCUAAUCAAGGACAAAAUGAAGAUGAAGAUGAUAUUAAAUUUCAACCAUCACGUAUAAAAUCAGCUGCAUCAUCUACUAGAAGUUUUCGAAUUAAACAACCACAUCGAUCGGAAUCACAUACAACUUAUCAAACAAUUCGAACAACUCUUAAUUCAGAAUUAUCAAGUAUUAAAGAAUCAACAGAACGUCCAAGUAAAUUAUCAGCACGAACAUCUGAAACACGAACACCAACUGUUGAACAAGGAACGAGAAAUGAAGAUUAUGAAGAAGAUGAUUUCUAUUUAACAAUUGAACCAAAUGAUAUUCUUGAUUUACCACGAAUUGAAACUACUGGUCGGAUACCUCGGCCUAUGUUUGAAAUCAGUGUAUUACUUAAAAUAACUCAAUUACCAAGAAAAAAAACACCAGCUAAUGAUGAUAUGUCAAAAUCUGAAAGCUCAUUUGAUAGUACAACUAAAGUAGCUUAUGAAAUAAGUCCAAAUGAAUAUGAUUUUAAAAAUGCUACACGUGAUAUUAUUAAUGGAUUAGAAUCAUCUGUUGGUCAAAUAUCUAGUCUUUGUGAUCAUCCAACAUUAAGAUUAUUUUCUAGUUAUCCAAAUUAUGAUUCAUUACGUCCACAAGCUCGAACACCAAUUCAUGUAUCAGAAAUUCGUUGGCCAGAUGUUGAUUUUCUUUUUGGUGAUGAUGUUGAUCAUCAAGAAAUUAUUCUUGAGACAUUAAGUACAGUUAAUCGAGCUUUAUCUAAUGUUCAAAAUUUUGUUAGACGAUAUCAAAAAUAUUGUGAUAUGGUUUUUAGUUGUAUUCAAUUAAAUAUUGAUGAAAGUCUUAAACGAAAAAAUUUAACAACAGAUGAUCUUCAAUUUUUAAUGACUAAACAUACACAACAAUUAGGCAAAAUAGAACAAAUGAUUGUUCAACAACGUGUUGGACUUAUUUUAAUAAAAGCACAACAAUUUUAUGAUGCAACAGUACCUUAUCCUCAACAUGUUAUUGAAGCUAUUGAAAUAUAUUUACCACCUGUUGCUAUUGAUAAAAAUGAACGAAUGCAAAAAACAAUUCGAGAAGUAUUGAAAUUAUUAGAUCGUGAUCCAAGAUCAGUUGAAGAUUUUGUUCAACAUAUAGCAACAUUGAAUAAAGUUAAUAAUGAUUUAGGAAAUUUAGAAAUUGAAUUUGAUACAAUAUCAAAAAUGUUUCAUAUUAUUAAAGAUUUUUCAAUGAAAAUUGCACCAGAAGCAUAUGCUUUAUAUCGUUCUUUAGCACCAAUAUAUCAUCAAUUAAAGUCAAGUUUACUUUAUACAGAAGCUCAAUGUGAUGAAAAUGUACAAAAAUUUACUAUUGAACUUGAUGAUAUGAUACAACGUUUAUAUGAUCAAACAAUUGAUCUUAAAACAAAAUCAAAAGAUCCAGCUUUAUUAACAAAUGAAACUCGAACUGAAACAGCAUUAGAUAUUAUUAUAAUUUUACAAGAAUCAUUAUCUAAAAUAAAUGAAAAAGCUAAAAAUUAUUCAGCUUUUCAAGAACGUUUUAAUCAAAUAAAUAAACAAUCAACAAAAAAACGUAUUUUAGGUGAUUAUCAAGUAAAAACUAAAUAUCAUCGUUAUGAUGUAACAGUUAGUCUUCAAACAGUUCAAAGUGAAAUAAAUGAUAUUGAACAAGAUAUUAAUUUACGUAAACUCUUAUGGGAAUCUCAACAAAAAUGGACUAAACUUUAUCGUGAAUGGACAAAUACUGUUCUUGAUGCUAUUGACAUUGAUCUUUUACAAAAAGAUGUUAAUAAAUUUACACAAAAUAUAUAUAUGCUUGAAAAAGCAUUACCACCUAAUAAUAUAAUUCCAUCAUUAAAAGAUCGUAUUGUUGAAUUUAAAACAGCUAUGCCUGUUAUAUUAGCAUUACGUAAUUCACAUAUGAAACAAAGACAUUUUGAUCGUUUACGUGUAUUAAUUGGAAAAGAUGUUAUUGAUGAUGAAAAUUUAAAAUUAAAUAAAUUACUUAAACCUGAAAUAUUACAAUUAACUGAUAAAAUAACUGAUGUAUCAUCAUUAGCAUCAAAUGAAGCAUCAUUAGAAACAAUGCUAAAUAAAAUUAUUGAAAGAUGGAGAUCAUUAGAUUUUCGUUUAUUACCUCAUGCAGGUAAAGAUACAUUUAUUAUAACUGGUUUUGAAGAAAUUUUACAACAAUUAGAAGAAAGUCAAAUAACAAUGUCAACAAUAAAAUCUUCAAGAUAUAUAAAUCCAAUUCGACAAUUAGUUGAUGAAUGGGAUAAACGUUUGAUAUUAUUAUCAAAAACAAUUGAUGAAUGGAUAACAUGUCAAAGACGUUGGCUUUAUUUAGAACAAAUAUUUUCUACACCUGAUAUUCAAUUAACACAAGAAACUAAAAUCUUUGCACAAAUUGAUAAAACAUGGAAAGAAUUAAUGCGUAAAACUGAACAACAACCAAAUGCACUUAAGGCUGCAACACAACCUGGAACAUUGGAAUUAUUACAAACGAAUAACGUACAAAUGGAAAAAAUCCAACGAGCAUUAGAAGUAAGUUUUUUUUUUCUUAGUUGGUAA